UCCCCCAUUUCCUUUUAUUUUCCUUCAACUGUCUUUCCCAAAAAAAAACAUGUUCAUUAUUUCCUACAAAAUGAAAAUUUCCCCUUUAAAUCCCCAUCUUUUAGGUUUCUAGCCUUAGAUUGUUGAAAACAAUGACGAUUGUUUAUAAUCAAUUGUUUCUAAUUUUUUCCUUGUCGCUAACUUAUAUUUUCCUUUUCCUUUUCCGGGUUGUUUUGAUCAAAACCGGGUUGAUUUACUUUGUCAAGAAAAAAUGGCGUUCCAUUGAAGAUUGCUUCCAUGUCUACCAGUUCUUCAGAGUCCCAGAAUUCAAUGAAAGCAUGCAGAGAAACCAACUUUAUCACAAAGUUCUGGUUUAUCUGAAUUCCCUCGCUUCCAUCGAAGAUUCCGAUUUCACCAACCUCUUCUCCGGGAAAAAACCGAAUGAAAUCGUCCUCCGUCUCAACCCAAGCCAAAUAAUCGAGGACGGUUUUUUGGGUGCCAAGAUUUUCUGGAUUAAUGAAGAGAAAAAUUUGGUGUUAAAGAUUCGGAAAGCCGAUAAACGAAGAGUUCUCCGGCCUUAUCUCCAACACAUCCACACGGUUUCGGAUGAAAUCAGUGAGAAGAACCGGGAAUUGAAGCUUUACGUGAACGUCGUCGACAAUCACGAUGAUCGAAAGGGACGGUGGAGAUCCGUCCCUUUCACGCAUCCUUCAUCGUUUGAAACGCUAGCCAUGGAAUCGGACCUUAAAAACAAAGUCAAAUCCGAUCUCUCCACUUUCGUGAAGGCCAAACAGUAUUAUCAUCGGCUGGGUCGGGUAUGGAAACGGAGCUACCUCCUUUACGGUCCUUCAGGUACUGGGAAAUCAAGCUUUAUUGCUGCCAUGGCUAAUUUCUUGAGUUACGAUGUUUACGACAUUGAUUUGUCCAAAGUUUCUGAUGAUUCCGAACUUAAAUCUCUCUUGUUACAAAGCACAACAAAAUCGCUUAUCGUUAUCGAGGAUCUCGACCGGUAUUUGACGGAGAAAUCGACGGCCGUGAGUUUAUCGGGGAUUUUAAGUUUAAUGGAUGGGAUUUUAACCUCCAGCUGCGGCGAAGAAAGAGUCAUGGUCUUCACGAUGAACGGCAAAGACCACGUUGACCCGGCGAUUCUUAGACCGGGAAGGAUUGAUGUUCAUUUACAUUUUCCAUUAUGCAAUUUCUCUUCUUUUAAAACGCUGGCCAAUAGUUAUCUAGGGCUCAAGGAUCACAAGCUGUUCCCGCAUGUAGAGGAGAUAUUCCAAAACGGGGCGAGUUUAAGCCCGGCUGAGAUUAGCGAGUUAAUGAUCGCCAACCGGAAUUCACCGACCCGGGCUCUGAAAACCGUCAUCAACGCCUUGCAAACGGACGGUGACGGGAGGGGGGCUUCGAAUAUCGGACGACGGUCAGUAGAGGUAAACGGGGAACAGAGUGGCGCAUUUUAUAAAGAAGGUAUAAAUGUGGUGAAGGAGUUUAAGAAAUUGUACGGUUUGUUGAGGGUGAAAAGCUGCAGACAAUCUCAGUCGUUCGAUCUUAUUAGUCGCCAAAACGAGGGGUCACGAUGAACACUGGUCACUGUUUAUUAGAAGCUUAGCUCUGUAGUUUCAUUGAAUUUCAGCUAGAAUUUUUGUUACUUGAAUUGCAGAAUUAGUAUCUAAUUCUGUUAAACAGAAAAAAGAGUAUAUUUUAUCA